GAGCACCACACUAUAAUAUGCACUUUUAAAAAUAUUCAAGAUUUACACUAAAAUGCAGCCUCAGUCAUCAAUAGCAUCGGAGACCGUGCACAUUGUAUUGAGUUUGUCGAUACGUUUAAGAGCUGAAGAAGAAUAAAGUAUGAUUGGAAUCUUCUGCAAAGUUUUCCCGUUCGACUUUUAACGGUGUUGCAAAAAGUGUCUGAAGUGUCGAGGGUUGUUCGGACAGGCAAGAAAUGCUUGCAAUAGGACGUGUUGGAAUUUUUGACGCAAAGACACCGCUCAAAAAGUUUUUGAUAAUUUUUACCAGUUUAAAUUAGAUUCCAGUGAACAGCUUUGAAGAUGAUGCGUUCUAGUUUUUUGCAAACUAGGUCAUUUUUGCUCGUCUUUACAGCGUUUUGUAUGACUCUUGGUGGAAAAGCAGAUUCUCAACUAAUAGCAAAUUCCAACCCCUCGAAUUCACCCCACCCUUCUUCGCAAUUGUCGUUGAGCAAAAGCGAUCCUCUUACUGGUAGCACGACAUCCUCCUCUGACUUCUCAUCCAACUCGCGUUUUUCGACGCUUCUGCGUAAAAUAAGUCUUUACAACGACUCCCAAGUGAUUACUCAACUGACUCCUCAAAGUGGGACAUCUAAUUUGCAUAAGCUACUGCAAAAACUAAAAAGGCUCGCAUCUGCAGGUGGAAUCCCAGCCAAUACUAAUCCUCAUAAUGAAACGACACAUGUUAGGACGAAAGUUGUGUCAGGAAAACUACUUGGAAUGAAUAAAAUUGCGUCAAGCAUUCCUGUCUUCAUCACGAACAAUACCAGACUUAAACGACAACUUGAAGGGAUAUUUCAUGUCAGAGGGAAAGGCAAGACAUCAUCAGCUCCGACAACCACUACCACAACCAGUCGUCCAAAUUCACCAUAUAAUUUGACGACACACAAAACUUCUUUGACACAUUCUUCCUCAUUGUUGCCACCACUUCCCAAACGCAGAAGGAUCCGCUACAACAGGCCCCCACAGAACGGAGAAGGCUUGACCAAGCGGCUAGGUCUGCCAGUCGGGAUUGGUCACGGGAGCGAUAACACAACAAACAACAACAAUGGUGCAAUUAUCGAAUCUAUUUCUACUAAUAGUAACCCAAAAAAAGAAAUUGGCCAAACCAAAUAUCGCCACAAAAAGAAGGAAGAUGACAAAAUAACCAGUGUUUCUAAUUUCCACUCAACAAAAUCAAACACACGUAAUGAGGAGGCAGAGGUAGAAGAUUUGGAUGAUGUCCCACUCUCACCCAAUGAAAAAGGGAAACGCAAUUUCACCGUUGAAAUUGUUGAAAUCGCGAGGAAAACGGUAAUUAAGGAGAACAAUAAAAAUUCUGGUAAAGCUUUCCGCCCUUAUUUCACCACGUCUACUGCUGCACCAACUGAUAAGAAAUCGUCAGUUGAUGAUGUUCAGAGCAAUACAAAUUCAAAUAUUGGUCAAGGUAAUAACAAGAGGUUAUUUAACCCAAAUCUAAAAAUACAAAUUAAACCGUUUCGACCGAGACUUGGAAUUUUUUCGAAACCCAACAUACAAACUGAUAGUGCUGGAUUGGCAAGUCAACAGCCUCAACAAAGGAAACCACUCAGUAUUGCUAAUCUCCCCUCUGUGAAGUACAAGUCUAUUCUGAACAAUAAUAAUAAUUAUGACUUGAUUACAAGUUCUACAACUGCUCAUCCAAUCUCAUCUUAUCCAAUCUCAUCUUCUAACCCUGUAUAUGAAAAUACGCAUACGAACACUCCGCUAAUAAGAGCAAGUAACAAACCGGAGGCAGUGGAAGUCCAAGUUAGCUACCAAGAUCAAAUCCCUUACAAUGAGAGAGAUAUAGAUGAAAAUGAUUUUAAAGCAUUUUUAGAUGGGCAUGAUACUUUCGGAGCAAAGGGCAGUUUCAAGCAUUUCGUGUCACGAAAUGUUACGGGGCACAUACCAAACCAGGAUAACACCAAGAAAACCGCCGAAAAGAUAAGUUCUCAUCGCAGGUCACGUUCAAGAGGUGCAAACAACAAUGACAUAGAAGUGGAGAAAGUAACAGUAAAGCAACAGCCGACACAUCAAAAUAAUCCGAAGGCUACAGUAUACACAGCCACGGGCAUCCCUGUGGUCGCCACGGAUGAGGAAGACAAGUCAAUUUAUCAGUACUCGGGAAUGGCUAGAAAUGAAAAGGACAAACCACAUCACUUUCCAAAACUUCCAAAAUCAACUUUAGACGCGUUAUAUCAGCAAGGUCACCCCGCCAUUGCGAAGGCACCUCCAGGUCCUCUUUAUAAGGGGCACCCACUUGCAGAACCCUAUGGAACUGCUGCUGCGAGGGAAGAAAAUGAGGAUUACAAUCCAUUUCAAGCUAAUCCACUGGUUGAUGAACCGCCUUUGAAAUAUGAUCCGGAAUCGGACAGAUUUUAUGGAAAUCCAGUUCCUGACAAGGACAAGUUAGCGCAGUCCAAUCGUCCUGAACCAUCUCAAGUUCAAAUAGAAAAUGACGAUCGAGGGCCCGAGUAUCAGGAAGAGGAUCGGCAGCAGAGAAGACCUCAACAGCAAGAACAGCAAGAACAACGACCACCACUCCCAGAUCGACAAAAAGAUGAUAAUGAUAAUAAUGACAAUGAUGAUAACAAAUUGUACUACGAACGAGUCUACGAACCUCCAGAGGAUGACUACAAUGAACGACAAAUCGAAAAAGAAGCAGACAGCUUUAUUAAAGAUUUUGUUAGUUUGGAUAAUAAUUUCCAACCUCUCCCACGACCUUCUGCUGAUGAGGAAAAUUUCAAGGGUCUAAUUGCUCCUGAAGCUCAGGAGGACAUUGAUUACGAUGAGCGUCGGUUUGAACGUGAUAACAAUGGAAAUCGAGAUAAUGACCGAGAUGGGGACGAUGGGCAGAGUACGACUCGACGUAGCAAUCGUGACAAUGGGAGGGGAACGAGUUCUGAUAAUCCAAAUAAUGAUGAUGAUGGACACGACGACGAUUAUUCGGAUGACGAAGGCGGUUAUGAAAGACCAGAGGACGAAUUUGACCAAUCGUACGUAGAUGCGUUGAAGCAAUUUGACGACGAAAUAAAAAAGAUUCAGGAUAAUGAGAAGAACGGGAUUACAACGGAUGCAAAUAUCCCACCUCCAACCAGUACUAGUCCUCAAGCUUUAGUGAUCACAUCCCCAGGACCGUCCGUGUCGUACCAACAGCAGCGGAAUGCACCACCUCCUCCCGAUUAUCAAGUGACCACACCCACGCACCAUCACCAAGAUGAUGCUGAGGAUGACACUAACAAUGAGAAUGAAGAACAAGAAGAACAACAACAGCAUCAACGACGCCCCGCUCCCGACGGGAGGAAAGUCGACGGAGAGGAUGAGGAGGAGGAAGUGAAUCAACGGAAUAAUAAUCAAAAUGAGGAGACGACCCCAACAUCCAGGGAAGAAGAGGAAGAAAAAGAGGGCGAUGAUGAUGGGAGGGCAAAGGAUGCCGAUGAAAGUCAACAUGUGAAAAUUAAUAAAGUUGUCGAGGUAAAGGCUGAUGGGCUAAAAGAGGACAGAUCAGGAAACUUGGAUGAAGAUAUUAGUCGAAUUGAGGAAGAAUUUCGAAGACCACCACAACGUAGUUUUUCUACACAACAUCCGAAUGUGCGUUAUAAAUAAUGCAAGCUUUUUUUAGAUCAAAUUUUACAUAUUGCAUAUACCUUUUAUUUUACUUGCAUGAACACAAAGAAUCUUGAGAAAUAGUUAGUAUGUAAGUAGGAAUGGACAUUAUGCACAUAUAUUUUUCAAUGUUCUGAAAUAUUUGUUUGUUCUUUGUAUUCAAACAAUAAUAAUUAAAAUUGUGUCACUGGUCUUUUUUCAAUCCA